AUGCAUCUUCCAACCCCCCACACCCUCCUCCUACUCAUUCUCCCUCUCACCCUCGACUUCAGCGCCAGCGCCCAACCCCUUCGCAAACCAACCACCCACAGACCCGCAGUCGAUACGGCCUCAUCCCUCACCGAGGCUCAAGUCUUGACCAUCUCCCCCAACGCAAAUACAUGCGACAAUGCUCCCGCUGAAGGCGAAUGCGCAACCGCCAAGAUCGCAGCGCAGUACACGGCGCAGUCCUUUGAUAAUUACAAGGUCACCAGCAAGGCGGAGCAGGCUGCUAUCGUCAGUUUGAUGGCGUUUGAGAGUGGGGAUUUCAAGUAUAAUAAGAAUCAUUUCCCCGGGGUGGCCGGGCAGGGAACGCGUGAUAUGCAAUCUCCCACCUUCAACAAGAAAUAUGCCUCGUCUCUACCGGAUCUGGCCGAGAAACUUCCCUCGGUGUCGGAUUCGCCGGCAGAUCUGCUUGAUCUCUUGCGGGCCAAUGAGACAUAUGAUUUUGGGUCGGGGGCCUGGUUCUUGACCACUCAGUGCUCGAGUGACGUGCGGACGGCGCUGCAAAAGGGUGAUGAAGCUGGGUGGUCGAGAUAUAUUAGUGAAUGUGUGGGUACGACGGUGACUGAUGACCGCAAGGCAUACUGGAAGAGGGCCGUUGGUGCACUGGGUGUUUGA